AUGUUACACGGUCCUGAAUAUGGGUUGUCGUUGUCUGUUGCAGUGAGUUUCCUUGAAGAAAUACCAAAGAACAUGGCCGCUUGUCAAAAUGUGGUCUCUGAUGCAAAAUCAGCACAAAAACCGCCUGCACCACCCGGUUUUCUCUCCAUUUCACGCAAGAAAUUGCUUCAGAACCUUGAAAUCAGUGCAGGAGCAAGGGUUAGCGCAUGGGUCGAUUCCAUGAGAGCUUCUUCCCCAACUCAUAUUAAGUCUACACCUUUCAUUGCCGAUGAUGAAGGUUCCUUGAAUCUGCACCAUCCAUCGGGAAAGAAAUAG